AUGUCGCACCCGCCAGAUAUAUGGUGGGUCAAGCUCUCGGACUUUGGGCUCAGUAAGCGCAUCGAGGAAGCAUCAGGGGCCUCAACGUUGCUGAAGGGAACGCCUGGAUACAUAGCCCCUGAGUUAUACGAACUCACCGAGCGAGGAUCUCCAUAUGCCCCUGAUAUUUGGGCUGUCGGCGCGACUUUGUUCUUCAUGCUUGUCAAAAGGCCUGCCUUCGACAGUCUCGGACGGCUUGCGAAAUACGCAACGGACAUAGAAGGUUUCCCGAGUGGAUUGCUUGCUGAUGUUGGCGCAACUCAUCUUUGUAUCGAAUUUAUCGAAUCUCUGAUGGGCGUUCGUCCUAAGGAUAGGGCCCCAGCUGAUGUAGCCAUUCAUCACAAAUGGCUCAAGGAAAUGAAUACCCCCCCUCCUAGCAGGGCGGGAUCUGGAUUCCCACUGGACAGCCCGCCGUCACCAAAAGCGUUGAGCACCGGCUUAUCUACUGAGGAAUUCGCGCCCUGGGAUACAGUGUCGUCCCGGCAAACAUCCAAUGAUACCCUUAAGCAUGGACCACAUGAAGGGACCAGGGAAGACUUCAAUAUUCCGAUACAAAGAGACUCAAUCAAGUUAUCCGGUGGAAAAAUUCGAGUGGCCAAGGAACUUUUUCACCGAGGCUGCGAAGGGGAAGCUGUGUUUUCGGCCGACAGCACAGUCCUAGCGGUUGCUGGGUCGAAGAAUCCGCUCCGACUCUGGGAUAUGUCUUCAUACUCUGAGAUUCCCGGACUAAAAGCAAGGCUGUGUAUCGCCUUCUCCCCAGACGGGAAGCUAUUUGCAUCAUGUGGCCUUUUCAACUACUUGCAGCUAUGGGAUGCUCCAACGCGCACCGCGCUCGAAUCUCAUAAUCUUACAGGUUAUCCUCAAUCUGUUAUCUUCUCCCCAGAUAGCAAGAUGGUAGCUUGUGCGGUCAAUGACACUGUGUUCUUCAGACACGUUGCUGAGGGAUCCAACCUCCGCAAAUUCAAAUUCCACAUUGCCCUAGAAAGUCGUCCACUACCGAUCCAUCUUGCCUUCUCGUCCGAUUCAAAAAGCAUCUGGCUUGCCCGCGCAGACAAGUUCCAGAAGCUGGAAAUUGAUCAAGAUACCCCAAAGCAUUGUUUCAGAUUACCGGUGGGAGGUGAUGCAUUGGGUAUCUCUGCGGAUGGGCAAUAUAUAGCGUACCUGGACCCCGCACGUACCCGGAACAUCUGUCUUAUGGAACUCUCGACAAGACGCAUGGUGUUGGAAAUUAAGAGCAAGUUCAUACACUCGAGGGUAGCCUUUUCCCACAAGGCUAAGCUUUUUGCAGUAUACGAAAGUGGACGAUCAUACAAUAGGGGGAUAUUGAGUCUGUGGGAUCUUGACGCCAAAGAAGAACUAUCAGCGACUACAUGCCGUUCUAGUGUGCAGUCUAUUGCCUUCUCUCCUGAUGAUACUAUGAUUGCAUCGACGAGUCGAUAUGGCUCAACUUUACUUUGGGUUGCUGAUACAAGAAGCGAAUAG